AUGCAAAACAGGAAACCAUUAUCACAACCGUCGCGCUUUAACAUGCCUGCCUCAAAUGUAUACACACCGCUGGACUCUGCAGCUGAAGUUACCUCUCUGCAACUUCAUGAUUUAGUUCAGUUUUCAGGCACUAUCGUCUCAGUGGACACCAACCGGUCCCAUACCUGGCCUGUGUGUGCACUUUGUCUCUCCGAUGAUUUGAAACUAACUGGUGCCCAACAAUUGGAAAACGACGAAUGUUGUUCGGCCAAUACCAAACUUUCAUCGAAAUGCUCUAUUUUUCAAUGUGGCCAGUGUGGUAGCCAGGCUGUGGAAACGUUGCAUUCCUGUGAACUAGAAGUGUUGGUUGCGUUGGUUACGGUGAAAGACGUGACUUUGGCCCGGCCACACGUGUUACUGAUUAUGUCCCCCGUACGAUUAUUCAAGAUUCUCGGUCUACCAGGAAACGCUUUAGCGAAGGAUCUACAGCUCAAUCCAAAAUUAAUGCUAUCCAAGCGCAUCGAACGCGUCGCCGGACUAGUUGUUCGAGUUAAGGAUCAUCACCCCUUGUCCGAUCGUUCAUUACCUGUCGCACGAGUUUCUAUACUGGACCUUGGGUUGGAGGCGCUCGAAAAAUAAUGUCUCUUCUCUCUCUUUCUCUUGUUCGCUUUGGUUUGAUAAACCUCUGCUGUUUUGCAUCUGCGCUCCAAUUUGCCGUUCUUUGUUGUUUGCGAAUGAUAUUGGCCAUCAACAACCUAUCCCUCAGGUCACCUUAAUUGCCUGGGGCUGGGCUGCGACUCGAUGUUUCGUAUUUCAGAGCUAUGUCUCAACACCUUUUAAUAGUCAAUCGGAUUUAACUGUAAAUCAGACAAUACACCAGUUUAUCGUUCCAAG